GAGGGGUGGUCUAAUCACGUAGUUGGCGGACUGCGCUUGCGGUAGAAGGUGUGAGACACUGAGACCUUCAGCUGGGGACAGGAAUCAUGGCCGUACCACCUUCCUAUGCAGAUCUGGGCAAAUCUGCCCGUGAUGUUUUUAACAAAGGAUAUGGGUUUGGUCAGGUGAAGUUGGAGCUGAAGACCAAAUCCUCCAGUGGAGUGGAAUUUACCAGCAGCGGUUCAUCAAACACAGACACUGGGAAAGCAUCUGGCAACUUGGAGACAAAAUACAAGAUGAAGGACACAGGCCUAACCUUCACUCAAAAAUGGAACACUGACAACACUUUGGGGACAGAAGUGGCCCUGGAGGAUAAGCUGGCUAAGGGACUAAAGCUCUCACUGGAAUCCACAUUUGUCCCCAAUACUGGUAAAAAAAGUGCUAAGCUGCGGACCUCCUAUAAAAGAGACUAUGCCAAUCUUGGAUGCGAUAUUGACCUUGACCUAGCUGGUCCAACCAUUUAUGGCUGGGGAGUGCUGGGCUACCAAGGUUGGCUUGCAGGCUACCAGAUGGCUUUUGAUACAGCCAAGUCCAGGCUGGCACAGAACAACUUCGCACUAGGGUAUACGGCAGGAGAUUUCCAGCUACACACUAAUGUAAACGAUGGCACAGAGUUUGGAGGUUCCAUCUACCAAAAGGUCAAUAAGGAUGUGGAGACAUCAGUAAGCCUGGCAUGGAGUGCAGGGAGUAACAACACACGCUUUGGCAUUGGAGCAAAGUAUCAGCUGGACUCCGGUACCACAAUCUCUGCCAAAGUUAACAAUGCAAGUCUGAUUGGUGUUGGUUACACACAUACUCUGAGGCCAGGUGUGAAACUGACCCUAUCUGCUCUGAUCAAUGGCAAGAAUUUUAGUGCAGGGGGCCACAAGAUUGGUAUGGGCUUUGAGCUGGAGGCGUAAUGGAACAGAGGGUGUAUGAAGCCCUACAAGACCCAUCCCCUCAUUCCUCCAGAGAUGAACGCGGAACAGAUGAUGAGAGAUCUCAGCUGAACCGUGCAUAAGACGAGAUGUAUGAGUAGUGCCAAUAUUGUCAGUAACACUAGGAGCAGCGUGGGAUAUUUCAGGGGUAGUUAUCCUUCACUCAGCAUAUGGCAAGGAACUGAGGACCAUCACUCCUUACUUGAUAACCUUACCAAAUCUAUUAUCUAAACACUGCAGAGUUCUUAAGAGAUUUCUUUAAGUAUAGAACGAUAUUUAAAUAGAUCCCCUACCUUCCCCAUUGAACUGCUCUAGAUAUUCUCACUUAUUUAGGUGUUUAUUUUUCUCUCUGUAUCUUUCAGAUGUCUUUUAGUUUUCUUCUGAAUAUUCCUAUUUAUACAUCUCUGGAAAAUGUAACCUUUUUUUCAUAAGUCUACUUAUUGUAAACACUAUGGAGCUAUCAAUUCUGCAACCUUCAAUUAUUUAGCUAAAUCAGUAUUUUUUUGUUAUCCUGUUCUAUUUACCUGUCAAGUAGAUGUUGCUAACCCUUUAUGGAUGUUUUCUGGGCCAUUCUAUGUUCCUUUGUAGACCUGUUAAAUCCAUUUGCAAUUUGUACACAGUUGGCCCUUGAUGUUUAGUCCUGUACAACCACAUUGCACGUACAGAGGUUUGAGGUCUAAGCCCAUUAGUGUAUUACUAUUUUUAAUUGGUCUUUGCUGUGGUGGAAAUGCUGCUAUCACUAUCAGUAAAUAAACUGUAAUGCACAUGC